GCAGUGGGGGAUGGGAGCUCACGGGUCUGUGCCAGAGGAGGAAGAGCAGACCUGGGGGAGAGAUGCUUUUCCUCGAGUCACUCUUGCACAUAGUGAGUGAGGAGACAUCCAGGGGGAGCCACCUUGUGACCUGGCCUCCCCUUUCAGCUUCCGGCCCCCGGGAAGGAGAGCAGUGUGUUGGUGCCAUUUUGUCGAAGGGAAAACGGCAGCCAGAGAGGUCAGAGGGGUUUGCCGAGGGACGUGGGCCCACAGAAGGGCCUCACGGCAGUAGGGGUGCCCACAAACAAGAACCGAACCUGCCAUGGGAGGGCACAGGCUUGGCGCGGCAGCCCCGGAGGACAGAGGCUGCGUCUGUCUUCUGCGAGGCCCUGAGAUCUCCAUGUGGCAGGAGCUCAGGCAGCUGCGGGAGCAGAUCCGGAGGCUGGAGGAGGAGAAGGGGGCUGUGGCCGAGGCAGUGCGGGCCCUGCUGGUAAACCGGGACAGCAGUCAAGUGCAGCAGGACCCCCAAUAUCAGAGCCUGCGGGCACAUGGCCGAGAGAUCCGCAAGCAGCUCAUGGUCCUGUACCCGAAGGAGACCCAGCUCGAGGAGCACUUCUACCUGCGGGCGCUGAGGCUGCCCAACCGGACCCACCCGGACGUGCCCAUCGGGGAUGAGAGCCAGGCCCGAGUGCUCCAAGUGGUCGGAGACAAGCCAGCUUUCUCCUUCCAACCCCGGGGCCACCUGGAAAUCGCCGAGAAACUCGACAUCAUCCGUCAGAAGCGCCUGUCCCACGUGUCCGGCCACCGCUCCUAUUACCUCCGUGGGGCUGGGGCCCUCCUGCAGCACGGCCUGGUCAACUUCACACUCAACAAGCUCAUCCACCGGGGCUUCACUCCCAUGACGGUGCCAGACCUUCUCCGAGGAGCUGUGUUUGAAGGCUGUGGGAUGACGCCAAAUGCCAACCCAUCCCAGAUUUACAACAUCGACCCGUCUCGCUUUGAAGACCUCAACCUGGCUGGGACAGCAGAGGUGGGGCUUGCAGGCUACUUCAUGGACCACUCCGUGGCCUUCAGGGACCUACCCAUCAGGAUGGUUUGUUCCAGUACCUGCUACCGGGCCGAGACAGACACAGGGAAGGAGCCACGGGGACUGUAUCGAGUACACCAUUUCACCAAGGUGGAGAUGUUUGGGGUGACGGGCCCUGGGCUGGAGCAGAGCUCACAGCUGCUGGAGGAGUUCCUGUCCCUGCAGAUGGAGAUCUUGACGGAGCUGGGCCUGCACUUCCGCGUCCUGGACAUGCCCACCCAGGAACUGGGCCUUCCCGCCUACCGCAAGUUCGAUAUCGAGGCCUGGAUGCCAGGCCGCGGCCGCUUUGGCGAGGUCACCAGCGCGUCCAACUGCACGGACUUCCAGAGCCGCCGGCUGCACAUCAUGUUCCAGAAGGAGGCCGGGGAGCUGCAGUUCGCCCACACGGUGAACGCCACGGCCUGCGCCGUUCCCCGCCUCCUCAUCGCCCUCCUGGAGAGCAAUCAGCAGGAGGAUGGCUCAGUCCUCGUGCCCCCCGCCCUCCGGCCCUACCUUGGCACCGAUCGGAUCACGGCCCCCACCCACGUGCCUCUCCAGUACAUCGGCCCCAACCAGCCCCAGAAGCCCAGGCGUCCGGGCCAGCCUGUUUCAAGCUGAGAACUCACCUUCAUCAGUCAGCAGGGAUGUGGCUGCUUCCUGGAGCUCAGGGGACCCUAGAAGCCUAGGACCUAUUUUCCUGAGCACAGUCCUGACAUCUGCACUCUUCUUGUCAGCUCCGUGCCUGGGCCACUUCCCUACUUCCCCAGAAUCAGCCAGUGACCCCGACGUCACUGACAGUCCCAGCCUGCACUGGAAAGCAGGACGUCUGGGGACUUGAAGGUUGUAGAGAUGGGGGAGGUGAGGAAAAAGGCUCCAACCCUCCUUCCUUCUUCCCUCCCUCAGGGCUUAGCAGGAAGUCCCCAAUAAAUGGUCAGAAGCAAG